UAUCGUAAUAAUUAUCUUAUUGUAUCAGUCAGUUGUGAGUCGUAUUUUUUUUUUUAACAUUUUAAAGUUACUAGUUAGUUCCUAAUUUAAUUUGCAAAAUCAUAUCCAUAUUAUUUCGGUGUUUUAGUUUAACUUUAUUAUAAAAAAAUCAUGCCAAUGGAUUGUUUGGAUAAUGUAAAUUGGGGAAACUGUUUAUGGUUUGAAGGAGGUAGUGAAAAAAGAAAUGUUAUAUCUGGCAUGAUAUCGGGCCUUCUGUUUGCUGUUGGUUGGUGGUUAAUAAUUGAUGCUAUGACAGUAAACUCUAAUCAAGUACCUGGUACAUAUCACAUAUGUGGAUUAGUUGGAACAUUUUCAUUGUUUAUGAUUAAUGUAGUAUCUAAUUCUCAAAUUCGAGGAGAAGCCUACUCUGGAGGAUGGUUUGGACCUAGAGGAGCACGAAGCUGGCUAUUUAUGGGUUUUGUGCUGGGAUUCGCUGCUUUAAUAGCUGCAUGUUGGAUAUUUUUUGCUGAUUUUGUCGCAGCUAAAGGUUCAUCCAAACCAAAUAUGACUGUUGGACUUGAAUUGUUCUUUCAAAAUGCUUUUAUAUUUGCUGCUUCUUUGAUUUACAAAUUUGGACGUGUAGAAGACCAAUGGUAAAAAAUAAUGUAAUUUAAGGAUUUAAAUGCCCUUUUUUUUAUUUUAAAUUUA